AUGGGAUUUAUUCUAGUUUAUGACGUUACAUGUGAAACGUCGUUUCUGAACGUCCGUGAUUGGCUUGCGCAGCUGAAAUGCCACGCAGCAGUGGACGAUCCGGAUAUAGUGCUUUGCGCGAACAAGGUAGACCUGGAGGACAUACGCAAGGUAUCGACUCAACGGGGUAUGGAGCUGGCUGCUCAAUUACAGGUUCCUUACUUUGAAACGAGUGCUGCUACUGGACAGAAUGUUAAGAAAGCUAUCGAAUUCUUGCUGGAACUUAUCAUGGAAAGAAGUAGUAGAGCCACUGAAGUAGAACUUGGUUGUGUCGAUGGUGUUGAGCUGAAUAGUCCUGGCCUUCGAAAGCGAUGUUAUUGCAUCUAA